GUCCUCCUUUUUAACGCACUCUCUUCACAGUUCACACAAAUUUCAAAAAGCAAAAGCCGAAAUGGAAUGCACGAAAUGAAAUUGAACACAGUUCAAAUCUAGUGCAAAGAUGACAUUUUUGUGAAUUGUUUGUGAAAUUGCUCACUAGAUUUAUCACUCCAUCCAUGUCCGCCCAAGCACAAAGUGCUUUAUUCCUUGGCGAUGGAAUACAUUAUGCGACACCAAUAAUAUCGUCGACGAGGACAAGUGAAGUAGAGGUGGUGCGAGGUGUCCUGCGAAUGAUGCAGGGCCUGUCGAGUUCCCUUUUCUAUUGGGACCAAAUUAAGCAGAGUUUUUGUGUUGCCAGAAGUGGGAUAUAUGUGACUCACCUUUCCCUUACAAGCCUUCAGAACCUUCUCAAUCAGUUCCUGUAUUCUGCUACUUGUUUACAACUUGUUCAAGUUAAUGUCAAUAGAUUGGAGUUAGAGACUCGAAUGCCUACUCUAAGGGCUUUUGCAUCUGCUGUUACUCAAUGGCUUAAGAGGUUGAGAGAUAUUGCUUUAAAGGAAGAAAUUAAGAUGUGCAACUCUAAUAUAGGAAUCACUCCCACCGUUUUGGGAUUGUCAAGUUCCUUAUCCAGUCUUUGCUCAGGUGCUGAAUGUUUAUUGCAAAUAGUGCAUGGAGCUAUUCCACAAGCGUACUUUCAGCCUAAUUCUUCUAUUCCAGCAUCUGAAAUGGCUGUUCAUAUCCUAGACUACCUUUACAAGAAAUUGGAUGAAGUGUGUCUUGUGCAAGGUGGUGAGGAGGAAGCAUAUCUUAUGGUGCUUCAUAUUCUUGUUGGAAGUUUAUUACCAUAUAUUGAGGGACUUGAUUCAUGGAUUUUCAAAGGAACACUUGAUGAUCCUUUCGAGGAGAUGUUCUUUUAUGAUAACAGAGGAAUCUCAGUUGAUGAGUCUGAGUUCUGGGAGAAGAGCUAUCAACUGAGACAAGUACAAGGUCAGAAGUUUGAUGUUGGGCUUUCUGCCCUAACUUCUGCCAACUCCUUAUCAAAUAACAAGAAGGAAAUGGGUGAAAAAGAUUCUGUUUCUAUGUCUAUUUCUGUGAAGGGCAAGGAACAGAACAAGAAGGAACUUCAGUUAUGCCCUUUAUUUAUUAAGAACCUUGCAAAGUCCAUUGUCUCUGCUGGAAAGUCAUUGCAGCUGAUACGCCAUGUUCCUAUGUUUUACUCGGUGGUAUCUGGCAAAAGUGUUGACAAUGAAAUUGAUGGCUUUGGAGGUUCUGAGGAUGAUAAAGAUAUAAAUAGUCAGCAACAAAGCAUAGCAGGGUUAGCCUUGCCAGAGAUUUUCAGUAUUUCAGUAGCAGGCCUCAUAGGCCAUGGUGAUCACAUCUCAAGAUACCUUUUACAAGAUGACCCAUGCAAAUAUGAGAUUGUCCAUUCUUUGGUUUCUGAAAUGACCAGGGAAAUGGUUGGGAAUGGGAAUUGUGAAAGCUGGCCAACUUUAAAAUGCUCAGAGAAUAUUUGUUGCAAGGUCUUCGGCAAGGCAGUGUCACAUGAAAAUGUGCUUGAUGUGGAAUCUAAAAAUAAGGAUGAGAUUGGCUUUUCUGACACUGAAGAAGGGUGUAUAACUGCAGGUGUGGUGGAUGAGUUGCCCCUCCAAAGUUCAUUCUGUCCAGAAAAUCCAGUUAUCACUGUGUGUCAAAGAUUACUUGAUAAGCAUAAAGAUUUCUGGAAAAUAUUGAACUUACCAAAAAAUUUUCAUCUACCCCCUUUAAAUGAUGAGGUCUUACGGGAGUCUGUAUUUGGUCGUGAGAGUGGGCUGCUUUCUGCAGUUGAAGGAACUAAUUAUGCUUUUGGUUUCCAGUUUGGUAAAUCUGAGUAUCUUCGUUCACAAGAGGACAUUAAGCUGCUAGAAGUCUUGUUCCCUUUUCCCACUCUUCUUCCUUCUUUCCAGGAUGAUAUCUGUAUGUCAGGGCUCUUGCCUUUCCAGAAGAAUAGCACCCUUGCAUCAAGAGUUCUCAGCUGGAUUCAAGGCACUGAACCUAGAACAAUGCCACUUCCACUGGUUAUUAUGCAAGAAUGCCUAACUGUCUAUAUUAAGAAGCAGGUGGAUUAUAUUGGCCACCUUAUGUUGUCAAAGUUGAUGAAGGAUUGGAGAUUAACGGAUGAGCUUGGUGUUUUACGUGCCAUAUACCUGUUAGGUUCAGGUGAUCUACUGCAGCACUUUUUGACAGUGAUUUUCAGUAAGCUGGACAGGGGGGAAACAUGGGAUGAUAAUUUUGAGUUAAACUUGAUUCUACAGGAAUCCAUUAGGAAUUCUGCUGAUAGCAUGCUGCUAAGUGCUCCAGAUUCAUUGUUUGUGUCCAUCAUCAAGAAUCAUGGUUUUGAUGGUGAUGAGCUACCUAUUUCACCAACCCUUGCCUCAACAACUCAUAAGAGUCGUACGCACAGCUUUGGAAUAGAUGGUCUUGACUCUUUGAAAUUCACAUACAAGGUCUCCUGGCCACUUGAACUUAUUGCUAAUGCAGAGGCAAUUAACAAGUAUAACCAGGUGAUGAGGUUUUUGUUGAAGGUCAAGCGUGCCAAAUAUGCACUUGACAAAGUUCGGAGGUGGAUGUGGAAGGGCAGAGGCGCUGGGACAAACAGCCACAAGCAUCACUGGUUAGUGGAGCAGAAACUCCUUCAUUUUGUGGAUGCCUUCCACCAGUAUGUAAUGGAUAGGGUAUAUCACAGUGCAUGGCAUGAACUUUUUGAAGGUAUGGCAACAGCUGGAUCUCUGGAUGAAGUCAUUGAAGUACAUGAGGCCUACUUAUUAUCAAUUCAGCGGCAAUGCUUUGUGGUUCCAGAUAAGCUGUGGGCCUUGAUUGCAAGUCGAAUCAACAUGAUCCUUGGAUUAGCUUUGGACUUCUACUCCAUUCAACAGACAUUAAGUAGUGGCAGUGCAACUUCUGCAAUGAAGGCCAGAUGUGAAAUGGAAGUGGAUAGAAUCGAGAAACGUUUUGAUGAUUGCAUUGCCUUUCUUCUCAGAGUCUUGUCUUUCAAACUCAAUGUGGGGCAAUUCCCUCAUUUGGCUGAUCUGGUGACUAGAAUUAAUUACAACUAUUUCUACAUGUCUGAUAAUGGAAGCUUGAAGACUGCCACUGGCUCUGAAACUGUUAGUUCAAGGCUGGGGAAGGUCUUUGGAGCUAGAAUGGACUAAUUAAAUUAGCGCAGGAUGGUUUAUGAUGCCAUGUCUCUAAAUUUCGGAUAUGAGGAUGUGUUUUCCUGAAUUAAAUUUUGCUGCCGUCUGGAAGCAAAUUCCUUGGCUCUGUACCUUUUCAUAUCAGUGCAGCAUAAAAUAGUAAGUGGUGUAGAAUUCACAAAAUGUCUAGUUCAAUGCGAAAAGGUGCAAAGCAAUGAUACAUGAGCUACAUUUAGUUACUAGAAUAUGCAAGUUGCUUAUUUGCUGCAGAUUUCCUCAACUUCAAAGGCAUUUCAGCUUUACUGAGAUGCAGAAAGACGACUUGAUGCUUGAUGAAGAUUCAGGAGUUGGAUUUUUUUAUUCUGGGUUUCUUGCUUUAUGCAUAUCUUUCCCUUUUCUCCCCUAUAUAUAUUGGUUAGUUUUAACUGUAAAGCUGUAAAUGGCUGCUGUUCCCAGUUAUUCCAGGUCUGAUGUUUUUGUUUGUCUUGCUCUUGGCCUUGUAAUGGGAUUGGCCUCCUGUUAUUGAUGCUUUGAUGUUUUUUAUUCCCCAUCACCUCGUCAGCACAAUUGGUAUGGUAUCUAACAUGUUACAUAUUUACACAGUUGUAAACAUCCUUGUAUUUUCAGGGACAAACAAUUGAUAACAGGGGAAAGAAAAGAAAAUAUUUCUUUGUUGUA